AUGGUACGUGACAACGAGCAGAUGCCGAACACAGAAAAAAUGCUGCGUCUUCGUCAAUGCUUAAAAGGCGAAGCUGCACGAGUAAUACAGCAUCUACAAAUUUCACAAAAAAAUUAUGAAGCUGCAUGGAGUCUACUUAAGAAAAAGUAUGACAAUCAGCGAAUUCUGUUCAUAAUACCCAAAUUAUCUACAACUGCGACGAAACUAACUAAUGCAGUGCAAAAGAUAGAAGACGAGAAACUAAUAACAGUUCGAUUACUCCCUCUAUAUUCUGUUAAAGAAAAAACAACAGAAAUAAUAGAGGAAGAUAAAAAGGAAAAUGAAAUUGAAGAAGAAUUCUUUGCAGAAUUACAUGAACCUUCAAAAACUGAGGAGUCUCUGAAUCUCAUAUCUCUUCCGGCAGGCUCACAUUUUGGAGAAAUGUGGGAAAGUGAAGUCCAGACGAAAUCGAUUGAAUAUAAGGACGAAGCUGAUCAUAUUGUGGAAGAUGAUGCUAAAGCGCAUGAGAAGGAAGAGGAAAUUAAAAUUUUACACAAACAAACAUUGCCGAAAGUAGCAAGAGAAACAAUACAGAAGGAAGAUAAUGAAAUUGUUCAAAUCGAAGAAACGGAUUCAGUGAAGACAUUGGGGUUGCAAUUGGAACCAAAACGUGACCUCUUUAAGUUUAAAGCAGCACCUCAACAGAUGGAAAAAAGUACAAAAACGGUUGCAGCUUUGAAGGACACAAGAACAUCCAAGGAUGGAUCCAGCAGCAGUAAGGACGAACGCAAAUGCAGCAAGUCUGAUGACGAUAAAUCCAAGAAAAAAGAUGAGAAGUCCGGCGACAAAAUGGAUGAAGACAUUAGUAAACAAAAAUCAUCUUCAAACAAGAUUUCGCAGAAGGAUGACAAAAAAAAGUCUUCAGUGAAUACAUCUACAAAAUCGUCGUCCACAGGAAAGCAGACAACACCUUCACGUAAUCUUUGGGUAUCCGGGUUACCUUCAUUAACGAGAGCCAGUGAUCUGAAAACCAUAUUUUCUAAAUAUGGAAAAGUUAUCGGAGCCAAGGUGGUCACCAACACCCGAACUCUGGGUACACGUUGUUAUGGCUACGUAACAAUGUCAUCAUCGCCGGAUGCCAGUCAUUGCUUUGAACAUUUGCAUCAUACCGAAAUAUCAGUAGAGCGCACUAAAGACGAAAUCGGCAGCUCAACAAGUGUCGCCAAAACACGUGCGGAUAUAACAAAAAAAGAUGAAGACAAGAAGAUACGAGACACAACUUCUAAGACGAGAGACGACAAACGUAAAACUAUUGAUACAAAGAAGGACCAAAUGUUAUAA